AUGCCGACACUGAACCUGAGCGUCAACGUGCCGGUGGACGCCGUGGUGGCCUCCGACAUUCUCAAGGACGCCACCAAGGCCCUCUCCAAGAUCAUCGGCAAGCCCGAAUCAGUGAGCCUCUCUCUCUCUCUCUCUCUCUCUCUCUCUCUCUGUGAUUGUCUUCUCAUCUACGUGUAGCGUAAAAGUAGGGCACUUUUAGACUGAGAUUCUCUUCUCCAUGUAGCCUAAAAGUUGGGAACUUCUCUCUCUCUCUCUCUCUCUCUCCCUUGCCCGCCAUUUUCCUUCCUCUUGAUGCUAUAAUUCCGCCCUGCGUGUGAAUGCUGCGCUUGUCGGCGAGGUGUUCGAUGGUAUGCCUGACAGGGGUUCCCCUCUCUCUCUCUCUCUCUCUCUUGGUGAUGGCUCAGUAUGUGAUGAUCGUUCUGAAUGGAGGGGUGCCCAUUUCGUUCGCCGGGACGGAGGAGCCCGCUGCGUACGGAGAGGUCAUCUCCAUUGGAGGGCUCGGCCCCAGCGUCAACAGCAAGCUCAGCUCUGCACUCGCCGAGAUCCUUCAAACUAAGCUCUCCAUCGACAGCUCCAGAUUUUACAUCAAGUUCUAUGACUCCGAGGUGACCCACUGACCCGGCCAUUCUUCCUCUGCCUCCUGCUUCCCUGUUCAUUCAUUCAUUUCUCUCAAAUAUCAUCAAAUAUCUUCACCCAUUUCUUCAUUGCGUGAUGAUCAUCACAUAAGAAAACAUCAAAGAUCUGUGUUGAGGAUUUCCCUCUGGCUACAUCAGUUCAUCCCGUGAUCAUAGUGGAUAGUGGAGUUUGGAUCAUGCUCUGAAAUUUUUUGAUACGAUCUGAUGAUAUCAGUUGAAAUCAGAAACCUUUUAAUCCUGUUGACAAUUCUCAUAUGCCUAAUCACAUCAGAUGAUUUCAGCAGCAAAAAAAAAAAACAAAUAUUUACAUUUUAUUCCCCAAUUUAUUAUGGCAAAUAUUUUCAUCUGUCUGACUUCUUUCAGUGUGAUGAAUGAUGGCUACAUCUGAUUCAUUUCUUCUUUGUUUUCUAUCUUUGAAGCGUUCGUUCUUCGGAUUCAAUGGCUCAACCUUCUGA